ACCCAUCUUAAACCACUAACUCAUAACUAACUUAACGAAAAAAAACAAUUCUCCUCACUCACUCUCUCUCUCUCUCCCUUUCUCCUCUUUCAAUCUUUUUCCAAACUCAUAAUUAUUUAUCGUAUAAGGUCCCCCUCCGUUAAUGGCGUAUGACCAAAACUCCACCGAUUCAUCACCAUCGAGAUCAAUACCGCCAUCACCGCCACCGCCAUUCACAGCUCCUCCCCCGGCACCGGCACUGCCCCGGAUGCCAGUGUCCCUGAUCCAACCAUCACAGAGAAAGAGGUCACACAACAAAACAAAGGUCCUCAGAGUUUUCCGGUCGGUCUUUCGUUCAUUCCCAAUCAUAUCACCAGCCGCGUGUAAAAUGCCAGCUCUGCCUAACGGCCUAAUGGAGGGCCACCACCACCAUCACCACCACCACCGGUCCUCAUCAAGCGGGCACCGCGUGACGGGGACGCUUUUCGGGUACCGAAAGGGGCGCGUGAGCUUCUCCAUGCAGGAGAGCCCGCGUUGCUUGCCGACCCUUGUGAUUGAGCUGGCCAUGCAGACCAACGUGCUCCAGAGAGAAAUGGGAUCCGGAAUGGUACGGAUCGCGUUGGAGUGCGAGAAACGACAGGAAAAGGACAAAACGCGGAUUGUGGAUGAGCCCCUUUGGACGAUGUAUUGUAACGGGAAGAAGAGUGGUUACGGGGUGAAGAGGGAGGCCACCGAUGAAGAUUUAAACGUUAUGGAGAUUCUCAAGGCGGUUUCUAUGGGGGCCGGUGUUCUUCCUGGGAAUUCUGAGAUGGAAGGCCCAGAUGGAGAGUUGGCUUAUAUGAGGGCCCAUUUUGAUCGUAUUAUUGGGUCCAAGGAUUCUGAGACAUUGUAUAUGUUGAGCCCAGAUGGUAAUACUGGGCCUGAGCUUAGUAUAUUUUUCGUAAGGAUUUGAUAAUCAUUAUCAUGAAUGAUGAGGGGAAGGGGGUUUCUUUGUGUAUUGGUGGUUUUGCGUUGAAUUGAAAAAUUUGACGUAAUUUGUUUGUGAUGAUUGUGUAGAAAUUAGGUUUUGUUAUUGGUUAAUUUGAAAUUAAUUAGAUUGGUUGAUUUUA